AUGAUAAAAUUAGUUAUAUUAUUUUAUAUAUUUUUAAUAUUCAUAAGUUCUUUUAAGUGUGAGGUAUAUAAAAAAUUUUCAAUAAUUUUGAAAGGAAAGGCUACUUUAAAUAGUUCUAUCAUAAGUACUGUUGGAAUAUUUCUCAGUGUGGUUGUAUCUGUCCUAGAAUCUAUUGGGAAUACAAUUAUUAAGAAAAGUCAUUUGAUAUAUGCACAAUAUGAAAGGUUGUUAGAAGGAUCUAACAUUCCUUCAACGAAUGAAGAGAAUGAUAAUAGUGAAUUUGAAUUUAACAAAAAUUUGAAAGGUAAAGGUGAUAUUAUUAAUUUUGAGGCUAAUAAUACAUAUAGUAGUGAUACAAGUUAUUGUAGUAAUUAUGUGGGUUGUUAUAAUUAUGAUGAUGGCAUUAUAUGUAGACAUUAUGUUGAUGGAAAUAAAAUUAAUGAGGAACAAACAAAGGCUAUAAAUAAGUCAAGGAUAUAUAAAAGAAGUAAGAAAGAAAAAAAAUAUUCCUUUUUUAAUAUAUCAAUAAAAAGUUUUCAAAAUUGUAAAAAUAACUUUCGAAAGAAAAAAGAAAAAAAAUAUAAGGAAAGGAAGAAUAAAAAUAAAAUAUAUUCUUCUAAGUCGUUAUAUAAUGAUAAUAUCAAUACAAAAUUAGAAGAAUAUGAACAUGAUAAUAAGAAUAAAUAUGAGGAAUAUUUAUUUAAAAGACAACAAAUGAAUACAAAUCAAGUAAUAGAAAGAAAAUUUAGUAAAAAUAAAAAAAGAACAUUAAAGGAUAACCAUAUAAUAGAUUCUAUAUACUAUAAUUAUUCAAAAGAAUAUAAUCUAUCUAAUAAUAACAUAAAUGAACAAGUAGUAAACAUUAUUGAAACUUUUACAUCUAAAGAAGAUGUAGACAAUAUGGAUAACAUUUUUCAAAAUUAUAAUAUACAUAACAAAAAAAAUGACAUUAUACAUAAUAAAGCAAAACGUAUACAUAAUAUAUAUUAUAGUGAUAAAAAUAUUAAUGAAGAAAAAAAAAAAAAAAAAAAAAAUUCAUAUAAUAGUAAUUAUAAUACUAGGGAAAUUAACAAAAAUAUCAAACGAAAAGGAAGGUUCUUACAAUCUAUUAAAAAUUUUGAUUAUAUUUCAUUUAAAAAACUAAAAUUUUUUAAUUUUUUCUAUAGAAGAGGAAAGAGCAAAAAUAAAACACAUAAUUGCCUUUCUAAUACAUAUAUUAAGAAAUGGAAAAAGUACAAUUUAAAAAAAAAAAUAGCAAAAAAAAAUAAAAACAAAAACAAAAUAAUAUACCCAUUUGAUAAUUAUUAUAAGGAUAUUUUUUAUAGACACAACACGUCAAUGAAUAAUUAUCAAUAUUUAUCAUAUGACCAUAUUGAUCAUGAGGAAACACACAUAUCAGAAGAAAUUAGUAUUUAUAGUAUUGAACUAAUGCCCAUAAAAUCAGUCCAUAAUAUGAAUAAUAGUUUAUUUAUAAAAAGGAAUGAAAAACAAAAAAAUGUUAAGUAUUCAUUAAAAUAUAAUAAUAAAAAAAAAAAAAAAAAAAAAACAAGAAAUAAAUGUAAUAAGAUAUAUAUAUUAAAUAAAAGGAAGAGGAAAAUAAACAAAGAAAAAUUUAAUCAACGUAUUAUAGCUAAACAUAUAUGUAGUGAUAAAAAGAAAUGUUAUUCAUCCUUACCAUCACAUUCUAUAGUAAACACAACAGAGAGUGACUUGUUGCACUACAAAAAUGAUGAAAGAAAUUGUAGUAAUACAUAUGUUCGAAUACAAAAAAAUAUAUAUUCUGAAAAGAAAAAGAAUGAACAUUCUAAUAAUAGUAAUAAUAAUAAUAAUAUGAACAAUAAUAAUAAUAGUAAUAGUAAUUCUGAUCAAAAUGACAUACAAAAUGUCAAAAAAAAAAGUUAUUAUUAUUUUUAUUUUGGAAUUAUUUUAACAAGUGCUGUGGCACCAGCUUUCAAUAUAUUUAGUAAUUUACUGCUACCUGCCUCUAUGGUUGGAUUUGUAAGUAUUAGAAUUAUUUGUUCCUUUUUGUUAGAAAGAUUUGUUUUAAAAGAAAAGCAAUCAUUAUAUUUGUUAGUUGGUAUACCAUUUUCUACUGUAGGAUUAAUACUUAUAACGAUAUUUUCUUCUAAUGCUAAUGAUCCAAAGGAUAUAGAUUAUAUUUUUAAUUUAUUUCUUAAAUUAGGAUCAAUAUUACUUUUAACUAGCGAAAUAGUAUUUUCUCACGUAACUGUAUUUUUUUCUGUUUUAUAUUUACAAAAAAAAAGAAAAAAUAAUUUCCUCUUUUUUUUCUCACCCCUUUCAUCUGGAAUUAUGGGUUCGUUAGUAACCAUUUUUUCAAAGGCUACAUUAAUGGGAUUAAUGUCUAUAAUUUUAAAUACACAGUACAAAUUUUAUCAUAUAUUUAUCAAUUAUAAAUUAUUAAUUCUUACCAUGAUAACCUUAUUUACAACUAUAACCGAAAUAUUUUAUACGCCCUACCUAUUGAAACAUUAUAAUUUGACACAUAUUGUGUCUCUAAAAAGUUUUGGAAAUAUAAGCUUUAAUGCAAUAAAUGGAAUGUUCAUUUUUAACGAAAGACCAUCGUGCAAUUAUUUGUGGAGCUGCGGAUUUUUCCUUGUUCUUAUAGGCAUAUUAUUUCUCUCAUAUGAAAAUAUUAUACCAUACACAUUAAAUUAUAUAAAAUUAUAUUAUCGGAGACCAAUAUAA